AGAAAGAACUGGAGGAGUUGCAAGCAAAGGGCCUUGAUACUUCUGAGAUGAGCGCAGAAGAACUACAGGCUCAGCUAGCCGAGAAGACGACUUUGCUGAGCGAGGCUCGGCUGAAGGAGCAGGGCUUUGUUGAGAGAAUUCACUCGCUCGAGGACAAGAUUAAAUGUUUCCACCGAGCCACUGUUGUAACUCAUCUCGGGAGCACAUACAAAGAACCUGUAUACAACAGCAGCGAGCCUACUGAGAUGGAGUACCUGAGGAAGGUUUUGUUUGAAUACAUGAUGGGACGGGAAACAAAAACGAUGGCCAAAGUGAUAACCUCCAUGCUCAAGUUUCCUCCAGACCAAGCGCAAAAGGUUUUGGAAAACGAAGACACAAAAGCCAUGCCUUGGUUAGGGUUGAGCGUGUGAAUGUUUCGGGUAUUUAUGGACGGAAAUCUGCUGCUGCUGCUGCUGCUGAAGGGGAAGACUGCCAUGGAUGUGAUCGAGCCCUUCUCUCUGCAUUUCUUGUCAUUGUAUGUGUAUGCAUGUGUGGAUGUUUGUAUGUGUGUUUGAGCACACACUGGGGCAUAACGGGGGGUGUGUGUGUGUGUGUGUGUGUGGGGUGCCGUAUGCUUGAAUAUAUCUAAAAGUAUGAGGGAAUUAGAGAAUAUGCCAGAAACACAAAUCUUCCAUAAAUCUAGUUUUACUCUGAAAUUGAGUUUGUUAAUUUAUGUUUUUAGAUGAAGUUUAAAUUGAUUCCUUUUUAUUUUAGAAUGUGUUUAUACAGAUUGGCUUGUGCAAUAAAUUAUAUAAUUAUCACGUAUUUUAUGCUGACAGGUCAGUUGAUUUAUAGGUUUCUGUGUUGUGCUGUUGUCUGAAUCACUUCUGUAAAACUGUAAACGACCCUUUAACUGUGCACUCGCACCACAUUAGAUAUCCUGGCCUCUGGACCUUGUUUGUUUAACACAGCUUUUCUAUGCUUUAUAUUUUGUCACUACACUGACAUAGAGACCCAAAAAACACGAAAACUGUAAAUUGUACUAUGAUAAUUAAGACUGUGCUAUAGGGUACUAUAUGAUGACUUGCUAUACAUUUUCAGACUAAAUAAAUUAAAUCUUAUUUACAGAAAA